AUGGGUUGGAAAAACCAGACCACUGUCUCCGAGUUCUUCCUUUUGGGACUGUUUGAGGGGUCAGAGCACCAGCAACUACUCUUCUGGCUAUUUCUACUCAUGUAUCUGAUUACUGUGAUUGGAAACCUACUCAUCAUUGUGGCUGUUGGCUCCAACACUCAUCUCCAUACGCCCAUGUACUUUUUCCUAGCCAACUUGUCUUUUGCUGACAUCAAUUUCAUCUCCACCAUAGUCCCCAAAGUGUUAAUGAAUAGCCAAACUCAAAAUAAUGCCAUCUCUUAUUCUGACUGCCUGGCACAGUUAUAUUUUUUUAUCAUGUUUGGGACAAUUGAUGAGUUUCUUCUGGCUACAAUGGCAUAUGACCGCUAUGUGGCCAUCUGUCACCCACUCCAUUACACCAUAGUGAUGACCCACAAACUUUGUUUACUAUUGAUUUCAAUUAUAUGGGUUGUCAAUGUUCUUCAUGCCCUUUUACACACACUAUUGAUGAAUGAACUCAUUUUCUGUGCUAAAAAUGAAAUUCCCCACUUCUUCUGUGACCUUAACCCACUACUAAAGCUGUCAUGUUCAGACAUUUUCAUUAAUGAACUAAUGAUCCUCACCAUUGGUGGUCUUGCCGGCCUAAUUCCAUUCCUCUGUGUGAUCAUCUCUUAUGUGUAUAUAGUCUUGGCCAUACUAAGGAUUCCAUCUGCUAAAGGGAAGCAGAAAGCCUUUUCCACCUGCAGCUCCCACCUUUCUGUAGUAUCUCUGUUCUUUGGGACUGUCUUUGGAGUCUAUUUUAGCCCUUCAUCCAACAGGUCAGCCCACAGGAACAUAAUUGCAUCUAUAAUGUACACAGUGGUGACUCCUAUGCUGAACCCUUUUAUCUACAGCCUGAGGAACAGGGAAAUGAAAGCAGCCCUAAGGAAACUCUUUUAA